AGAAAGAGAUAAAACAAACAAAACAAAAAGACAAACAUAUCAAGCAAUAAGGUGAGGCUAGGAUUUCCCUAUAAUCUUCAAAGCUUGUAAAACCCCAAAACCCCCCCUUAUCUUCCUAUCUUCUUCUUCUUCUCCCUUUCUAAACAAUCAUCUCACCUUCUUUUUUUUCUUCAUUCUUUCUUUUUCUUCUCAACUCUAAUUUUUUUUUGCCACACUUUUAUUUCUUCAACUCUUAACCAAAAAAAAUAAAAAUUAUGGCACCAAAAUCUGGUCGAAAUAAGGCGCACAAAACAAAGUCAGAUAAGAAGAAGAAAGAAGAAAAAGUUGUUCCUAGUGUUAUUGACAUUACUGUCAUUACACCAUAUGACUCCCAAGUUAUUCUCAAGGGUAUAUCAACUGAUAAGAUACUAGAUGUAAGAAGAUUGUUAGCUUCAAAUGUGGAGACAUGUCAUAUUACUAAUUACUCCUUGUCACAUGAGGUAAGAGGGCAUAAAUUAAAUGACAAAAUAGAGAUUCCUUCUCUGAAGCCAUGUCUGUUGAAGAUGGUUGAAGAUGCAUAUAAUAAUGAGGCCCAAGCUCUGGCCCACGUGAGGAGGCUACUAGACAUUGUCGCGUGUACAACAUGGUUCAAUAAGCCCAAAGGACAACGGCCCACAUCAGCCGACCACAAAACGAAAAAGGCCAAGGCCCACAUUUCAACACAUGUGGGCCCACCACCAACAAAUGAAAGUAAAAAUGGAGCGUCAAAUUCGGUUAUUUCUGAAGAAAAUGACAUGGCAGCAUUACACCCAACGCCUAAACUCUCUGAGUUUUAUGAGUUCUUCUCUUUCUCUCACUUCACUCCUCCACUUCUUGGUAUUAAGAGAUCUGAAAGAAAGUCAGAAGAAAAACGUGACGGAGACUUUUUUGAGCUACAGAUCAAAAUUUGCAAUGGGAAGAUAAUUCAAGUAGCUGCAUCCAGAAAGGGGUUCUACACUUUAGGCAAACAGUUAGUACAGUCUCAUUCCCUAGUGGAUCUCCUGCAUCAACACAGCCAAGCAUUCGCAAAUGCAUAUGAUACUCUGAUCAAAGCUUUUGUGGAACACAAUAAGUUUGGUAAUCUUCCUUAUGGAUUUCGAGCAAACUGCUGGCUUGCCCCACCUUCUGUUGCUGAGUCUCCAUCAAACUUCCCACCCAUACCAACUGAGGAUGAGAGCUGGGGUGGAAAUGGUGGAGGACAAGGAAGGGAUGGUGAGCAUGAUCUUCGACCCUGGGCUACAGAGUUUGCUACUUUGGCUAGCUUGCCUUGCAAAACCGAGGAGGAGAGAGUGAUACGUGAUCGAAAGGCAUUCUUGCUCCAUAGUUUAUUUGUCGACGUUUCAAUCUUUAAAGCUGUAGAUACCAUUCGCCAUUUGAUAGAGUCAGACUCACAAAGAAGAGAUUCCCAUGAAAGCCGUGUGGGUGACCUGUCUAUCGUGGUUAAACGUGAAUUAGCUGAUGCUAAUUUGAAGCCUGAUGACAAGUCUCUCUUCUAUGAGGUGCCUGAAAUAUCCACUAAAGAAGCUGUUCAGAGGACCUUGCUCAAAGGGUUGACUGCCGAUGAAAAUGUGACAGUUCGUGAUAUUUCUGCACUUGGAACAGUCACUCUGAGGUAUUGUGGGUACACAGCAACUGUCAGAGUUGUGGGAGAUGUCAAGAAGAAGUUUGAGCACCAUGAUAUCGAAGUUGAUGAUCAGCCCGAUGGAGGAGCUAAUGCCCUCAAUGUUUACAGCUUAAGGAUGCCCUUACAUAAGCCGCUAAAUGCUGAACUCUCUGGAGAAAGCGCGUCUCUCCUGUCGCAUUCUGAUGAACUAGAAAAUUCUAGAUCUCAAGUUGUUAAAAUACUUAAUGAUAGCUUAGCUGCUUUGGAGGAGGAAGAGAAGCCAGCGGAGGCUGAAGUGGGAAUUAGAUGGGAGAUUGCUUCAUGUUGGGUGCAGCAUUUGCAGAAGCAGGAAAGUGCUGAAAAAAUUUCCAAGGAAGCUGUGAAUGGAAAAAACAGUGAUGUGGCCGUCAAAGGUUUAGGAAAGGAAUUUAAAUCACUGAAAAAAAGAGAGAAAAAGCUAAACGAUGUGGACUCUUUAGAUGGAUUGGAGGAGAAAGAAUCUCAAGUUGAUGGCCUUGAAUCUAAUGAUGGAAUCAGCAAAAAUGGCGAAGCUUCUGAGCUAGAAAAGCUGCUUUCUGAAGAAGCCUUCUUGCGGUUGAAGGAAACUGGAACUGAUCUCCAUCUAAAGACUGUAGACGAGCUUGUCACUAUGCUUCAAAGCUAUUACGAUGAAAUUGCUUUACCAAAGCUGGUAACAGAUUUUGCUUCACUUGAACUUUCUCCUGUCGAUGGGCGUACACUUACAGAUUUCAUGCAUCUCAGAGGACUGAAGAUGUCUUCCUUGGGUCGUGUGAUUGAGUUAGCUGAGAAGCUUCCUCACAUCCAAUCCCUAUGUAUACAUGAGAUGGUCACUAGGGCUUUCAAGUAUGUUGUGAAAGCUGCCGUUGCUUCUGUUGAUGAAAUUUCACAAGUAACAUCAGCAAUAGCAGCAUCCUUGAAUAUUCUAUUUGGGUCCUGCUCAACAAAUGGUAAUGAGGAUGCCGAUUGUCAAGACUACGAGCUCAAACUUAGAUGGUUGAGGGCCUUCCUCUUAAGCAGGUUCGGGUGGAAGCUCAACGAUGAAUUCCUUCACUUGAGAAAGCUGUCAAUUCUUCGAGGCCUGUGCCACAAGGUUGGUAUUGAGCUGGUUCCGAGAGACUAUGAUAUGGAUUCUCCAAACCCUUUUAGGAAAGAUGAUAUCAUCAGCUUGGUACCUGUGUGCAAGCAUGUGAUAUGCUCUUCUGCAGAUGGUCGAACACUAUUGGAAUCCUCCAAGGUAGCACUAGACAAGGGGAAGCUAGAAGAUGCUGUUACUUAUGGAACAAAAGCUCUGGCAAAGAUCAUAGCUGUUUGUGGCCCCUAUCAUCGAACAACUGCUGGUGCCUAUAGUCUUCUUGCUGUAGUGUUAUACCACACAGGGGACUUCAAUCAGGCUACCAUAUAUCAGCAAAAGGCCUUAGAUAUCAAUGAAAGAGAACUUGGGCCUGAUCAUCCUGAUACCAUGAAGAGUUACGGGGAUCUUUCAGUGUUCUAUUAUCGUCUACAACACAUUGAAUUAGCACUCAAGUAUGUCAAUCGUGCUUUAUUUCUGCUUCACUUCACAUGUGGACUAUCCCACCCAAAUAGUGCUGCAACUUAUAUAAAUGUAGCCAUGAUGGAGGAGGGGAUGGGAAAUGUCAACUUUGCUCUCCGUUAUCUCCAUGAAGCCUUGAAUUGCAAUAAGAAGCUCUUAGGAGCUGAUCAUAUCCAGACUGCUGCCAGUUAUCAUGCUAUAGCAAUUGCACUUUCACUUAUGGAGGCCUACUCACUUAGUGUUCAACACGAGCAAACUACGCUUAAAAUUCUUCAGGCCAAGCUUGGACCAGAAGAUCUUCGAACUCAGGAUGCAGCAGCGUGGCUGGAAUAUUUUGAAUCGAAGGUCAUAGAACAGCAGGAACUGGCAAGAACAGGGACACCAAAGCCGGAUGCAUCGAUUGCUAGCAAAGGGCAUCUUAGUGUAUCAGAUCUCCUUGAUUUUAUUAGUCCUGAUCAUGAUCCCAAGGCGGGAGAUUCUCAGAAGAAACAUAGACGUUCAAAGAUAUUGCAGGUUCCUGAAAAUAUACAGGGUCAGGAGCAGCAGAGUCCAGUAUCCAAUGGCUCAGAAGAUGAACAUCAUGUCAUAACAGACACUGUUGUUCUGGAAGAAAAAACUGUUGAGAAGGUAGAAAAACCGAUUUCUGAAGUAUCAAAUGAUAGUGAUGUUACGCUUGGUGAGCAGGUCGUCAAUGGAGAAUUUGUCGAUACAAGCUCAGACGAGGGGUGGCAAGAAGCGAACACAAAAGUGCGUUCUGCUAAUGGGCAUGAAAAUAAGUUUCGUAGAAGAAGGCCUAAUCACCUGAAAGUAAAAGUCAAAGAUGGUCAAGUAUCUGGAGUUGUGCCUAGAGAACCGAGAGUGAUGAACAUUAACAUGAACUUGAAGGACUCUUCCCCGCAAAAGAAAUCAAGAGCAAAUCAAUCAAAGAAAACCGCUUUAACUGCUAUGGCUUCGAAGGCAUUUUCCUACAAAGAAGUAGCUAUGUCACCCCCUGGAACUAUAUUCAAGCCAGUGCAGCAGACGGAAGAAACAAGUAAUGCAGAAGAAAAGAAAAUUCCAGAAUCUGCUGAAGAAUGUGAGAAAAAAAAUGAUGUGGAUCAUGUGAAUUUUGCUGCUGAAGAAGUUGAUAAAGUUUCUGAUGAUAAUUCAAAUUCUUCUUCAGAAGGGGAAACACCAGUGGUUCCUGAAAAUGGAGAAAUGCCGGGUUUAGAUAGUCAGGAAAAGGCGGCCUUGGAAACAAAAGCAUCAAAGCUCUCAGCUUCAGCUCCACCAUAUAAGCCAACCACUUUCGGAGCAACUAACUUUUAUGAGUUCCCUCCGAUUUCUGCUAGAGUUGCAUGUGGUCCGAGAUCACCUUUGUAUUACAGAACAAACCAUUAUGUGCCAGCCAAGCAAGCCGCGACAGUGAUGAACCCAGAUGCCCCUGAAUUCGUACCCCAGAAACUGGCAGCUGAUGUGAUGAAGGAUGCAGGAGAAAGUGAUGGGAAAGAAGUGGUAAAAGAUGAUAAAUCAAAGAGGAGUACUUCUGAGGCUGAAAAGGCAGAGUUAGCAAGGCAAAUACUGCUUAGUUUUAUUGUAAAGUCAGUGCAGAAAAGUUCAGAUCGUUCAAACGAGUCUUCUAAGACUGUGAAGAAGUCAGGAAACUGGCAGAAUUCUUCAGAUGCUAUAGCAAAUGAUAGUGCAAUUAUCCAGAUUUUUCAAGGAAGUGAAGAAAAGUCUGAUGGGGUUGUAAAAUCAAAUGAACCAGAGAAGCUAAAUGCUGUUAAAACUGCAAACAAAGUUGGGGAUGGAGAAGGGUUUGUCGUUGUUUCGAAGAGGAGGAGAAAUCGGCCACAUAUUGCUGCUAAUAACGGCGUUGCAAAUAAUCUAUACAAUCAACAACAAUCAAUCUGCACUUGAAAAGAUGUUGCAUUGGUUGAAGAGAGGUAUAUUAUGUAUUCUUUUGCAUGCAGCAUCAUUUUAGGGGAUGUUGCAGAGUAAAACUACUACUAUUUUUGAUGGAGAAGUAGUCAUCUGUGCUGAGGUGAUUAAGCCCCAAGGAAAUGAUACAGUGAUGAGGUUGCUUUCAUUGGGUUAUAACAAUGAGAAGAUGGUCUGUUUCUCUCUUGUAGAUGUUGGUUGAUUAUGAGUAACAGCAGCAGAUAAUUUACAUUCUCUUUGCUUUUGUAUCACAUAGUUUCAAAUUGAUGUGUAAAAUAAACUUUGACCCUAUCUAUUCGUCUAUGUAAUAUCAUGCUUGUUGAAUAAAGCUAAUCUAAAUUCAUACCAAAAUGUUUGGAAAUCAAAAGUUGGUUGAGGUUGUUUUUCUAUUA